GGACACACACUCUUCACUUCCCAUUUAACCUAAUGUGUGUUGUCGCUAACAUUGAGUCAAAAGUUAAUCUUAUUUCAGCAUAUCCUUGAUAAUAUAUUUAUUUUACUUGCUAUGAAAUUUUGAGUCGGAAAAAUGCUAUUUUAGCCAGUGGAUGACUCGGGCCCUUUUAGUGUAGAGUUGUCAUCUUUACGACGUAGACAAUCUUUGUAUGAAACACGAAAGAGAAAGGAAACGGGUGACUUCUCCAUUCCGAAAACCUCUCUCAUAGCUUGAAUAACGAGCGCCUGGUUAGCCGGAAGCUUUGACACAUUUUUUUCCCGAUUUUGAAGGAUAGCUUUGAUCAUUCCUCACAACGUAGUAGCUGCUGCCGCCCGUGUGGUGGGGAUUUUCUUCGCAUAAAAUUGUACAGGCCCAAGAUAUAUCGAGCACGGCUGCACUAAGUUGGUUAGCUAGCUAGCCAGCCAUCAAGCUCCCCUUUGCUAACUAGCCUGUAGUGCUGGUUGGCAAGACCUCACUUUUUUGGGGGGCGGAUAAAUCUGCUGGACUUGUUGAGUGGGUUGUUAAUACUCGUUUAAAGGAUCGAGAAGUCUGCCUGGGGAGCCUCGGUCCACUGUGACGGUUAUUUCCAGCUAGCGUGCUGGGUACAGUACCUGCGUCGUAUUUAGUCCUGGACGCCGAGGUUAGGCCUCAAUCCAAACCCCGACGUCGCCUGCCUACCGUUGCCGGGACUCUUAUUUUCUCUUUUUUUUUGUGGAUUGCCGGACAGCGAGAUUUGACAGUGUGCCAUAGCAUCAUCGGUGCCACACACACUUCUCCCUGAGGAGCCAAGAAGCAGACGGCUCAUGACUUCUGAUCAGGACACGAAGGUUGUCGCUGAACCACAGGUGCAGCAAGUACAAGAGGCCAAGGACAACGCUCAUUUGGAAUCCGCAAAGGUUUCGGACCUCAACCCCAAUGCGAAAGCAUGGGCCAAUCACAUGUUUAGCCUGGACCCUAGUGGUGGUGCUGACAACUGCACUGCAGCCCUGCAGCCAUGGAAGGAUGGCUGUGAGACCUCAGCCCAGCAUGGCCCACAAGGCUAUGAAGCCAGUCAAGAGGACAAGCCUUUCAAGGAGCCUCUACUAACUGACCCCGAUGAGCCUCCACCACUCCCAGUAAUGUUGGCCCAGUCUCCCGCCUCUGCCACGCCUGUCGAACUGGAGCACUCGGAGCCAGCCUACCCAGAAUUUCCAGAGCCGGGGCCGCCUCCUCCAACAGUCAGUGAUCCCCAACCUGAGUCUCCACAGGAAAGUUUGAGGGAGAACCUGAAGAAAACCCUUGAAUUCUAUCUUUCCCGGGAGAACCUGGCCAGUGACAUUUACCUCAUCUCCCAAAUGGACAGUGACCAGUAUGUGCCAAUCGCUACGGUGGCCAACUUGGAUCACAUCAAAAAGCUCAGCACAGACAUGGAGCUCAUCGUGGACAUUUUACGCUCUCUGCCUUUGGUCCAGGUAGAUGAGAAAGGGGAGAAGGUGCGACCCAAUCAGAACCGCUGCAUUGUGAUCCUCAGAGAGGUUCCCGAGAGCACCCCCAUUGAUGAGGUGGAGGCCCUUUUUAGAGGAGACAGCCUACCCAAGUUCAUCAACUGUGAAUUUGCCUACAACGACAACUGGUUCAUCACAUUUGAGUCAGAAGCAGAUGCACAACAGGCAUAUCAGUACCUCCGUGAAGAGGUGAAAACCUUUCAAGGGAAGCCUAUCAAAGCAAGAAUAAAGGCGAAGGCAAUCGCUCUGAACACUUUCAUGCCAAAGAAUGGUUACCGGCCAAUGGAGGUGAAUCCGUACGCCCAGCAACGCUAUACAACGUCCUACUACAUCCCGCCUGUGUACAGCCCGCAGCAGCAGUUCCCUCUGUACAGCCUCAUUACGCCCCAGGCCUGGUCGGCCACACACAGCUUCAUUGACCCCGCACUGGUUGCUCCAUUUCACAACAACCAGUUCAUUAAUGGAUUCACAUCGGCCAGUUUUAAACCAACGACCACCCCCCUUAAUGUCAGACACCACUCACCCAGGACCAGGGGUCACAGCAAGCUCCACUUGAGGGCGACCUUACCGGCCGGAGACCGCUCUGGGCUUCUGGACAGCCCCGGUCUCUUCCCCAGUGACAGAAUGAACGGCGUCCGCAGCAGUCCUCCCACGCGCUUUCCUGUCAGCCAGCCCAGAACCAGGUUACCCUCUGCCGCUCCCGCCUUUCCCCGCCGGGAGACAGUGGGCACAGGCCGAGUGACCGACUUCACCGCCACAGACUAUUCUUCCCUGGGAAUGGGCAGAGGAAGGAAAAAGAGGGAUGAAAAGUUUACACGCGUGACACCUCAAUCGCCUCCGCCACCUCCUCCACCCAAACCUCCGUCUCCGAGCUUCGAGUUGGGCCUGUCCAGCUUUCCUCCUUUACCCGGAGCUACCGGGCAUCUGAAGACAGAGGACACCUUUGACACCCGGCUGGCCAGCGGUGUCAUCGCAUCGCCGCCUGUGAAGGAAAGAAAUGUGACUGUCGACUCCAGUCCUGGAGGAGCCCACUCCUCGAUUGGAUCCAAAGAGCAUCUUCGGACUCCCUCUUCCUCCUCCUCGUCCUCCUCUCUGAUGCCCAUGAGCCUCAUAACUUCAUCUACCCCUGCCCCAGCCUCCACCUGGAGCCCCACAGUGUGCCCGCCACUACCUCCCUCAAUUCCAGCAGCCGAAGCCCGGGUGUUGGAGGUGAAGCCCAAGGAGGUGCAGCUAUGUGUGGAGCGAGUUCCCGGUACUCUGUCAACCGCCAGCAAGUCAGUGCAAGUCAACGGCGCUGCAACGGAGCAGAGGAAGCCUUCCUAUGCCGAGAUCUGCCAGCGGGUGAAGGAGACCCCUACACCGACACAGACAGCAGCCCUCAAGGAAGCCAAGGCUGCAGGUGCUGCCUCCGCAGUUGAGGAAAGGAAGUGCCUCGACAACUCAGGCCCGGGCGGCGAGGCGACCAAGAACAGAGAGACAUGCCUCCCGUCCACCAAACUGGCCCCUGGAAGACCACCGCGGGACAACCGGAGGCUAGCUGGACGGUGGGCCUCCCCGCCGCCACACCAGGGGAAGAAGGAUGCCCACCACACCCCGCCUAAGUCCCCCCUGUAGGGACACUCCUUGAGCCCUUCUCUUUUCACGCUACUCCAUUGAUGCGUAAACAAAACAAAAUGGAAAAAAAACACAUCAGGGCUACUCAAUUCUUAUUCUCUCUCCACAUGUUCAACACGAGCAAAGAGGACGCCUUCUUUUCUUGAUCAGGGCUUGCAGACAAAAAGCACUUUACUGUGCAUGUAAAGCACUGUCUCAUUUGUCUUAGUCUAUUUAUUUGAUUUUCCCCAAACACUCUUCUUUUUUUAAAUGAUCACUUUUAGUAGUACUUUUGCUUUGUUUUGGCACAGUAGAGUUGCAAAGGCAUAGAAAUUUUCAGGUAAAUAUCCACAGGAAUUUGGGAAAUAUACCAAAUUGGAAACAUUCUAUGGGAAUUCACUGGGAAUUGAGGGUAAUUUUAUGGAAAUAUCUCAUAAAAGCAUAAACAAAUUAGUUUUGCCAUAAGUAGACAGCUAUGUAAAUUUCGAUUUAGUCUCUUGCUUGUGACUCCAAUUUGGCUCGCAACGAUAGACAAAAACAAAUACUAGGGUAAGUAAAAACAGGUGAAUUGAGGUACUGACUGGUAAGUCUUAAGUUGGGUUGAAGUUUGCCCGUUUUCUGCAGGAUAAUACCUAAAUCUAUUUUCCCAUAUUAAGUUCCCUUUUAAAAGUCAACCUAGAAUUUUGUCAGUUCCCAGGUUCAUUCCCAUUUAUUUUCUUUCAUUCCCAUGAGAAGUUUGCAACUUAACAAAUUUCUUGAAUUUUGCAACUCUGCACAAGCAACACUGUCCGAGCAGUAGAAAAGCGGUGGUGAUGUUUUGUGGGCAUCUGGAGUGGGAACCCUCUCCUUUUUAUACGCCUUCAACCCUCCGCAUGCAAUGUGGAAUAGAGUAAUAUGGCCAACGCUUCGUUCUGCGGCAUUAUUUCGGAGCAUUGCACUCUAGGAUCUCCACUGGUUUGCGUGGUUAACUUGAAGUGGGCUCAACUGGAACACAAAACAGGAUAGCGCCUUGGAAAAUGUCAUCUGGUUCAGUCAGUGUAAACUCAAAAUGAUCCGUUUCUGGAGGCUAGGAAGUGUGCUAGCACCAUUUGGGGAUGUUUGACUUCUACACUUUGACACACCAGGAUAGAUGGUAAGAUUUUGGAUAACAGUAGAGGAAGUGAGGAUCAUACUCAGCUGACGGCAUGAACAUUUUUUUGAGGGGGUGGGGGGCAUGCACAAUUUAGCAAGUCUCACAGCCGUGUCUUAUAUCACGUGAGCAGUUAGUGGCAUAUAAAACCAUUGUGCCGAUAUGUAUAUCAUUUGUGUUUUUUGUACUCUGCGACUUAAGUUGCACCCAUUACAAAUCUUGCUUGUGCAAGUAAUGUUUAAAGCGCAUGUGCGACUUACUAAAUUUCAUAUGUGAUACACCAAAGGCAACUGACUUACUAUGUUCUUGGCUUUAUGAAAAGCAAGGCUAUAAAUUAGUACAUUUGUCUUGCAUGAAUUGAAAAGUGAGAGUGACUUACUAAGAUGCAUUUGCAAGAUACAAAAGGCAGGUUUGUGGCUUAGUAAGUUGCACACGGGACAUACAAGACGCAGGUGUGACUGGCAAGUUGUUCUUACCUUUACGAAAUGAAAAAUUUGGAAAGUAAGUUUGUCAGCGCGAGUGUGAUUUAGUAAGCUUUGCUUGCAAAAUACAAAAGGGACGUUUGCAAUUUAGUAAUUAGUAUUUGCGAGAUAUGGAAGAUGGAGAGGAAAGUGACACUUCACUCAAAAUACAGAAGGUGUGUUUGCAACCUAACAAGUUGCUCUCAAGAUGAAGAAGGCGGGUGUAAUUUACAAAAAUGCUCUUGUGCUACAUGAAAGGUGCAGGUACAGUUUACGGAGUUGUGCUUGUCAGAGAUGAAAAGCACACGCAUUUGUGAGAUGUGGAUGUAGGUGUGGCUAACAAAAUUUUAUUGGCUUUAUCAAAGCCACCAGUUUGAUGUGUCAUUGGAGGUUACAGGGGGGAAAAAAGUACCAAAGUUGCAAGCGCGAUUUACUCAGUUGUGCUUGAGUUAUGAAAGGCUCGCGUUACACUACCAAGUUGUACUUUUACAUAAUUCAUUUACUAAGUGGCGCUCGUGAACUAUAGAAGAAAUUGUUGCGACUUCUAAGUUGCAUUCGUGCUUUACAAACUGUGCAACUUACUAAGCUGCUCUGUUUUGGAAGAGCUACAAAAACAACUUAUUACACAACUUAAGUUUGCUUUUGUGACUUACAAAGUGACUGUCUAGCUAUGGAAGACUGACUUAAGUUAUGCUGCCACAUUACGAAGCGCACGGGCGCUCGAAUUUUACAAAAGAGCGCUGAAGGAUAAAGGGAAGACAUUGUGACAUACUAAGUUGUGGUUGUGCUUUACAAAAGCUGCGAGGAUCACUAAGUCACAUGAUUUACGGAGCAUGGGUGCGACUUACCAAGUUGUGCACGAUUUAUGAAAGGCGUGGGUGCGAUUCGAAUCUGGCAGGACUUAACAAGUAUUGCUUGUGAUUUGCGAAUUUUCCGCAAGGAGAUAUGUGAAGAUGUGGGUGCAAGCUACGAAGGACACGGAUGUGACUUACGAAUGUUGUGCUAGUAGUUUACGGGAGGGAUGGAAAGAGAAUGGAAGACAUGGGCUCCACCUACCAAGUUGCACUUGCCAGAUGCGAUAGGCAUGUGCGACAAACAAAAAAAAAACAUUCAUGUCGUCUCUUGGGUUCUUGAGGAUCAUGUGACAUUUUUACGCUUUGAGACUCACAUUGGCCAAGCUUUUCUGCUAUGAUGACCAUGUUUAGUUGUUAAUGUGGUGGUUGGCUGCCUGCUGUGCUUGUGAGCUAAAGUAGAUGGUGCUAGAUGACUUUUUUUUUUUUUUUUUUUUGAUGGAAGUAGCAAAGACGUGGAGCUGAGCCGAGUCCCCACCCAAUGCUUCUGGUGAGAGGAAAUUGAGCGCCCUGUAGCAGCCAUUUUGGCCUUGCACAUGCGCUGCAUGUUUGCUUCAAAUGUACAUAAUAAGCAAGGGUGUCCAAGUCCAAACACCACAAACAUUUCUUCCUUCUGCCUGAAGCAUUCUGGGUAAUCCCAGCAAGAGAAGGAAAUGUGAUUUUCCUAGCAAGAGAGGGAAAUGUGAUUUAUCCCCACCCCUCUUUUAAAGGACUGAGAUGCACUCGGAUGGUUGAAUUUUUUUUUUUUCUUUUUUUGUGGUUGACGACAGAAGAUGCUUAUUUAUGAAGCUGUGCUGUUUAGUCCUUGUUUUCUUGGUUGUUUUUAAGCAAGCGAAAGCAGUAGCAGCAGGCUUCGUCUCCACGCAAAAACACGCAAAAGAUUUCCAUCCAGUGUUAGAGAAACUUGAAUUUUAUUUGAACUUGAAAAGUGACUUUGCCUUAACUUUUAUACCAGACAAGCGUAGUGUAUUUGUCCCUCCCCUAAUGGCGAAUAAAGAGAAUAUUUACUGACGUAAGGCAGAGUGCAAAUCUAUCGUCUUUUUUUUUCCGUUUGCCCUUUUUUCUAUCUUACAAAAAAGAAUAGUUUGCAUUCAGGUUCUUUUGGCUGGGUGAAAGUGAAACCGUGUAAAUGCAAACAGAGUUGAUACUGUAUUAAAUAUGCACUUUGAGGUGUGUGCUAUGCUUGUACAAUUGUAAAUAAAUUGAGAAAAAAAACAUAUAUAAGAGGUACCUAAAAAAAAAAAUCUAUUAAUGUUGCUAACGAGCUGGAUGUAGGAUUUAAACAAAGAGUUGUGCUUUUCAGAACUUUUUUCUUUCUAAUUUUAUGUGUGUGGAGUUUGAUGAACUCUUUGUACAUUUUUUUUUUUUUUGUCUUUUGUUCCAUUUGGUUUCAUUCCAUCAACACUUGGGUGGCUUUUUUGUCUUGUUUACAUGUUGAUGACGCCACUAAAAAAUGAGAGAAAACACUCAUCAGUGCAAAAGAUUACAAAUUUCCUCUGUUUCAUUUAGGUCUUCUUUCUGGUAAACAAAGUUUUGUGCGUGACAGGACACCUACCAAACUUGUGGAUGUACUUGGCCUGGUUUAGUUUAGCGUAAAGACGGAAGUAAAAAUGGUGUUAAAUGUGCUUUGACAAACACUGACAAUUUAUUUUCCUGAGCAUUGUCUCGCUAACACAUUGACAAAUGCAAACCCAAAAAUGUUGAAGCUAAGCACAUCUUCAGUACUGCACAGGUUCUGCAUUCUUUACUACUGUAAUCACCCCCCCCCCCCCCUUUUUUUUUUUUUUUUUUUUGUGCAUCUGAUGUGUACGCUGGUGAAGUUGUGACGCGUAAUGCACAUUUGAAGCACAGCUUAACUGGUGGAUCCUUCAUGUUAGCUGCCCGCUAUUUGUUCAUGGCUAUGUUUGACUCCUGAAAUGUUGAUCCUGCCUCAUUAUUUGUUCAUGUACGAACAUAUAAAGUUAUUUUUGCUCUGGUUUUUACCGUUUCACGCGAGUCAUCUUGGCGCAAGAUUCUUGAAAAAAAAAACUGACCACAAAAGAGCCUAGUAUGUAAAUAGCCCUCCAUUUCCCUGUCUCUCAUCAUCGCUGGGGCUGACUUCUGUCGGACUCUGAACAGGUGCACGCGUGCAAACGAACACAGCUUCCUCUGCCACAAAGAUGGCCAGCAACGCUGCAUUUGACUCCUCUGCCAUUCAUACUGCUCGCCCUCCCUGUUUGGCUCGUUUUGGGAGUGCCAUUAUCCAAUGGUGGUUGCAACUGAGAAUUUUGUUUU